AUGGCAUCUAGGAAGAAGGUUCUUCUCAAGGUCAUUAUCCUGGGAGACAGCGGGGUAGGCAAGACGAGCUUGAUGAACCAAUAUGUCAACAAGAAGUUCAGCGCAAGCUACAAAGCGACAAUAGGCGCCGACUUUCUGACCAAGGAGGUGCUAGUCGAUGACAGGCUGGUGACGAUGCAGCUUUGGGACACGGCUGGUCAAGAACGCUUCCAAUCCUUAGGCGUUGCCUUUUACCGCGGCGCCGACUGCUGCGUGCUCGUCUACGACGUCAACAACUCGAAGAGUUUCGAUACACUCGAUAGCUGGAAGGAUGAGUUCUUGGUGCAGGCUAGCCCAAUGGACCCAGAUACCUUUCCAUUCGUCGUCAUCGGAAACAAAAUCGAUGUGGAGGACAGCAAAAGAAUGAUCUCUUCCAAGCGCGCCCAGGCCUUCUGCCAAUCGAAGGGCCAUAUCCCAUACUUCGAGACGAGCGCGAAGGAAGCAAUCAAUGUCGAGCAGGCUUUUGAGGUGAUCGCACGGCAGGCACUGGCGCAAGAAGAUGUCGGCGGCGAGUUCGGCGGAGACUUCCCUGAGACGAUCCCUAUCGACCUCAAGGGCAGUGAUGGCGGCUGCGCAUGCUAG